CAUUUGUGCUCUGGUCCUAAAUGUGGGGGUGGGAGGGAGACAAAACAGCACAUGUGGUUGGCCACCACUCUGGCUUUCUGGAUGUGUGCAGGCCACCGUCAAAGCCCCCUAGCCAUUGUGAGUAAGGUACCUAGGUUCCUGCGGUCAUACUCCGGCUCCCCCACUGUGACGCGCCAAUGUCAGAACUCAGCGCUCAGGAGCCGCAAACCUCCACACAGCUCAGCCGGCGGCUAGGAUCCGUGGACUUUCUCCGGAGUAGCGCUCUUGGCUCGCACCUUCCGCCCGACAUUCUCCCACGCCCCCAAAGUACCCACCGACCCUAGCAGGCCGAGUUCUGGCGGCCGCGCCCAUCCGGCCAGUGGCCGCCCGGCCGGGUGCGUCUCCAGCUGGGCGCACGCCGGCCGCCCCAGCGCUACUUCUGGCGUUGGGAAGAGAGAGACAGCAGCGUGCCCUCAGGAGGGAGCGCCUUCGUUGUCCCAGAAGAGCCCUGGGACCACAUGCCUAGAGGUACCGGCCUCUCCUGGGAGGGCUGGGGGGCGCUAGCGAGCGGCUGGCAGAGGAAACCUGUUUGCUGGCCCGUUUGGAGGUGGGAUGGGGUGGGGUUUGGAGACGGAGAAGCCUGAACGAAGACGUUGGUUUCCAAGCUUCUUGUGGAAAGGAACUAGGUUGUGAGGGGGAAAUAAGGCGGAGUGUAAACAUAAACAACCUCAAAAAGAAGCCAAGAAAAGCGAAGCCAAAAGAAGCAAGCGCAACACUGUUACAAAACUGUCUGGUUUUGUAACAAUUUCCCCGCCGCCGGCCAAUGAGCAGCGUGGCGGCGCGUCACGUGGUGCCGUUUUAUAUAACACUUUGCUGAGACAAGACAGUUAUUAGGCGGCGCGGGGCGGCCGGCAUGGAGCUCUCAGAGGCGCGGCAGGGCCCGGCGCUCGGCCGCACGGCAGCCGUGGCAGCCCCGAUUUCCUCCAGCCACUGCUCCUUGCUUCUUGUCCCCGGUCCCUAGACGCCUCUUCCCCUCGCUUGUCCCUGUCCCUAUGGAUUCAGUUCAGACCGAACAGAUGCUGAGCUUGCCCGCCGAGCUCAGCAGCAACUUAGAGCUGGCCGAGCCGGCGGAGCGGGCAGCAUCAGCGGCCCGUGUAGACACGGGCCCCCACCCGGAGACAGCUACAGAGGGCCCCGCACCUCUACCGACGCGGGAGCCGGAGCAGGAUCAGUCUCCGAGGACCUCAACGCCGGAGUGCAAAGUCCUGCUCACGCAAGCCGACGCCUUGGCGUCUGGGGGGCGCCUCCGGGAAGCCCUCGAGGUGUACAGACAGCUCUCAGAGCGGCAGCAGUUGGUGGCCGAGCAGCUGGAGCAGCUGGUGCGCUGCCUGGCGGAGAACGUCCCGAAAGACGAGGCGUCGGCGCCAGCGCCCCCGGACGGGGGCAGCGGUGCAAGCUGCGUGGUGGCAGUGGAGGAGACAGGAGCGGCAGCGGUCGAGGCCACCGAAGUGUGGGACGGCUUUAAGUGCCGGAAGUGUCAUGGAUUUCUUUCAGACCCCGUGUCCUUGUCGUGCGGCCACACCUUUUGUAAACUGUGCCUAGAACGUGGGCGGGCAGCCGACCGGCGCUGUGCGCUGUGCGGAGUCAAGCUUUCCGCGUUGAUGGUGGCCACUGGGCGGGCGCGCGGGGCCCGGCGCGCUGGGCAGCAGGCGCCGCCGCCGCCGCCGCUGCGGGUCAACGUGGUGCUCAGCGGCCUCCUCGGCAAGUUGUUCCCCGGCCCGGCGCGAGCGUCCCAACUCCGGCACGAGGGCAACCGGCUGUAUCGCGAGCGCCAGGUGGAGGCGGCACUGCUCAAGUACAACGAGGCAGUCAGGCUGGCUCCGAAUGACCACUUACUUUAUAGUAACCGGUCUCAAAUUUAUUUCACCUUGGAAUCUCAUGAGGACGCACUACAUGAUGCAGAAAUAGCAUGUAAGCUCCGCCCAAUGGGUUUUAAGGCACACUUUAGAAAAGCCCAAGCGUUAGCCACCCUAGGCAAGGUGGAGGAAGCCCUAAGAGAGUUUCUCUAUUGUGUGUCCCUCGAUGGAAAGAACAAGAGAGCAAGAUCUGAAGCCCAGAGGCUUCUCCUUAGUUUCUUUUCACCAUCAUUCCCGGGGGAUUCUCAGGAACAUUCUCCCGAUAUCCUGAAGCUGUUGGCACCUCACCCUAGAUUAAAGGAACACGUAGAGUCAAUGGCUACUGAAGGCACCAGCCAUAAUCUACCAAAGUUGUCACAGGAAAAUCAAGAGCUCCCACAUUGUUCUAGUCAGGAGGAAGCAACAGCCAGGGGAGAUGGUGGCAGCCUCCUGGACCCAGCUAAAGAAAAGGAGGAUGGGCCACAAGACAACAUGAAAGCCCAGGAAGGAGAGGAGGAGAAGCAGGAUGCUACCUCUCCAGAAGCUUCUUCCAUCAAGACUGGCAAAUGCCAGGAAAAGAAAAGGAAACAUUGCCAAACUGAACCGCAAGAAGACACGGAGGUGCCUAAUAAAUCCUCCAAGCAAGAUCCUCCUGCUGAUCCGGGGGCCAAACCUGUUCUUAGUAUUCCACUUGCAUCUUUUGACGCAUCUGACCUUGAAUGCUCCCUGUGUAUGAGAUUAUUCUAUGAGCCAGUUACAACACCUUGUGGACACACCUUUUGCUUAAAAUGCCUUGAAAGAUGCCUAGAUCACAACGCAAAGUGUCCACUGUGCAAAGAUGGUCUUUCACAGUGCUUGGCAUCAAGAAAAUACAGCAAAAAUGUAAUAAUGGAAGAGCUAAUAGCCAAGUUCCUUCCAGAAGAACUCAAGGAACGAAGGAGGCUUUAUGAAGAGGAAAUGGAAGAACUUUCUAACUUAAAUAAGAAUGUGCCUAUUUUCGUGUGUACUAUGGCCUAUCCCACUGUUCCUUGUCCCCUGCACAUCUUUGAGCCUUGUUACCGCCUGAUGAUUCGUAGAUGCAUUGAGACAGGAACGAGACAGUUUGGCAUGUGCCUUGGAGAUCCUGUUAAAGGGUUUGCGGAAUAUGGAUGCAUCCUAGAGAUCAGAAAUGUUCAAUUCUUUGCCGACGGCCGCUCAGUGGUUGACAGCAUAGGCAAGAGGCGUUUCAAGGUGCUCCAUCAGGGCCAACGAGAUGGCUACAAUACAGCUGACAUUGAAUACAUUGAAGACCAAAAGGUUCAGGGAGAGGAUUGUGCUGAGCUCAUGGGAUUACAUAACUGUGUCUAUGAGCAAGCGUCAUCAUGGUUUCAUUCGCUGAAAUCAUCCCUGAAGAAUCGGAUACUCAAUCACUUUGGUCCAAUGCCAGAGAAAGAUGCUGAUCCCCAGAUUAAUCCGAAUGGCCCAGCCUGGUGCUGGUGGACAUUAGCAGUUCUUCCCUUGGAAAGCCGAGCUCAGCUCCCGUUCCUAGCAAUGAGGUCCUUAAAGGAUAGACUGAAUGGUAUUCGGCGAGUUCUGGCCUUUAUAUCCCGAAACCAAAACUAGUGAGAGUGGAUUGGUGAAAGGAGCUCCCACCCUCCCCACUGCCCUGUGGGGGAGUCUUCUUGUAAAUACAUCUAAUUGCAAUAACAUCUUAACAGAAGAGGGUAUCAAACAGAGGUGUUAGCCUGCUGUUGAUCACAGAGAGAAAUCGAGUAGAAAGACCAAAAGAAUGUGACCUGUUUGAAACUUUUUGUCUUAAGAUGCUUCUUGACAUGCUGCACAACUACAUAAACAGCAGAGGUGUUUAAGAGCCCAGAAAAAAAAUUUUGAUUUUAUCAUAAAAUGUUCUGAAGGUUUG